AGGAUUUUUCUUUUUCUGAGAGAAGUCUGAAGGAUUUCUCUGUUCCUCUCACCCAACACAACACAUUAGUACACCCCGUCUUCACAUUGUCACCAUCUCUUCCUGUACGCUUUUCUUUUAAUUUUUAUUUAUUUUUUCUGUUGACUUCGAUUCUCACCUUCUCCGCUCCGCAUUUCACGCUCACUUGCGCCUAAUAAUUCCGGUAUGAAGUGGGUUUUUCCCGGCAAAGUUGGUGGCGCUGGCGGUGGCGGGGAAGGGAAGGCGGUGGUUUUCAAGUCGAAGCUGAAGUGGGUCGGGUUGUUUGGCCUUGUGCUCUCUGCAUUCUCACUCUUCACUCACUUUCUUCUUGCGAGAUACACUGAUGGGUUUGCUGUUUCGGAGUACAAAUCUUCUGUCACCAUCUUUUCUUGGAGGCCCAUUUUCGAGAAUGCGGAUCUUUCCACUGCUACUGCAUUGUAUAGAAGACUCUGGGGCCCCGUGAGGCGUCUUGAAUCUAUACAUCCCUAUGCAAAUCCCAGAGGAAACUAUGCAGCUCCUGCUUCGCAGACUAACGGAUUUGUUUUUGUAAGGAUACGAGGAGGUUUCCACGAAAUUAGGAACUCGAUUUGCGAUGUUGUUGUGGUUGCUCGACUUCUAAAUGCUACGUUAGUCAUUCCCGAGAUCCAAUCCACAACAAGUAGUAAGGGGAUCAGCACGCAGUUCAAGAGUUUUGCCUACCUCUAUAGCGAGGAUCAUUUCAUGGCAGCUUUAGCAGAAGAUAUCAGAAUUAUUAAAACACUUCCAAAGGAUCUCAAAGGAGCAAGGAGAAAGAAAGAAAUUCCUUCCUUUAAAGUGCCGAACUCUGCCUCGCCGUAUUUCUAUCUUCAUCAUGUUCUGCCAGUGUUAAGUAGGCACUCAGUUGUUGAGCUUGUUGUGCCUGAUGGAGGAUGUUUGCAGGCCCUACUUCCUCCACAUCUUGAAGAAUAUCAGAGGCUCAGAUGCCGCGUUGCUUUCCAUGCUCUAAAGUUCAGAGAUGAGGUCCAAGAACUUUCCACGAAGAUCCUAUACAGAUUAAGAGCUUCUGGGCGACCAUUUAUAGCCUAUGAUCCUGGGAUGACAAGGGAUGCUUUAGCAUAUUAUGGUUGCGCUGAACUAUUUCAGGAUGUGCAUACUGAACUCAUCCAACAUAAGCGAGCGUGGAUGAUAAAACGUGGAAUUGUGAAAGGGAACCUUUCUGUGGAUUCGGCCGAGCAACGUCUUAAAGGUUUAUGUCCGCUUAUGCCAGAGGAAAUUGGUAUUCUUCUUUGCGCAUAUGGAUAUUCAUGGGAUACAAUUAUCUAUGUUUCGGGAGGAGAGGUCUUUGGCGGGCAGAAGAAACUGAUUCCACUUCAUGCUAUGUUCGAGAAUGUUGUGGACAGGACUUCCUUAAGCAUGCCGUGGGAGUUGAACGUAAUGUAUGGCCGUGAAGCUAAUCUUGUGGACAAAUAUCCAAAGACUUCACCUCCACCUAAAGAGGAGAAAAAACCUGAUGCCUGGAAAAUGUCCGGACCUCGUCCCCGUCCGCUCCCACCACCCCCCGCACGAGCGAAAUAUCCUUACAACAUUGAAGGCUGGUGGGGUUGGGUAGCUGAGAGCGAUAAUGAACCAGAGAGCACUGUUAUGGAGUUGAGAACCAAUGCGCAUAAAUUACUUUGGGAAGCAAUAGACUAUAUAAUAUGUGUUGAAGCAGAUGUAUUUAUACCAGGAUUCGAUCGCGACGGUAAAGGAUUCCCAAAUUUCGCUAGCUUGGUUAUGGGACACAGGCUCCAUCAGCUUGCCAACUCCAAAACAUUCCGAAUAAACAGGAAGGAGAUAGCAAAACUCUUAGAAGAGGUCGGCGAUAACUUUUAUCAAGCCAACCAUACUUGGAUCACAUCGGUACGUAGGCAUCUGAGAAGAGACUUAGUCGAUGGACUAGCAGACGAACUCAGCAGGUCAAAACCAUUAUCGUUUCUCUCCUUCCCCGUGCCCGAGUGCUCUUGCUUGAGGGGCGAGCCAAGUGAAGUAUCAGUAUCACUUAAUGAUUCAAGCUCUUCAGCUCAUUCAUUGUUACACAAUGUUCUAGGAGCUAUGCAGCAUUGUCCAUCCUGGAUGGAUGCUGAUGUGGCUUCUUCGCCCAAGGACAAGGAAAGCGAACAGGAUGAUGUAGAAGAAGAUGAACCUGAUUUGCCAGGGUCUGCACUUCUUUUCCGGCAGAGUGCGGUGAACAACGAGAGCGGGGUAGAAUUGAGCGGCAAAGAGGAAACCCAAAUGGAGGAUCAAGAAGAGCUUGAAGGAGGGGAAAGGUGACAAGAUGCCCUCUGAUCUGAAUGUUCAAGCGCACUCAUUUUUGGUGGUCAUCAUGCAGACGUCUUAUGACUGGAUGGAUACACCUAAAAGACUACAGCUUGGAAUUGUUCCCAGGACAACAUGCGAAGCAAGAUUGCCUGCUGCCGACGGAGUCUUUAUGGUGUGAGGAUCUUUGGUGGCAUUCUCUCUUUGGAUUCCAGGAGUUCUUGAGACAUGCCUUUUCUUGACCUUAUAUUACAAACAUCAGUUUUGAGUAACCAAGGUUGUUUGUUAGGACACAGGGAAAAGAGUCUAGCAUAUGUAGGAUAUUGGCCUUA